AUGUCUGUCAAAAAGCCCACCAACUACAAGCUCUGGGCCAAGAUGCUCGUCGGCGGCGCCAUCAUGUGCGUUGGCGGCCCCAUGCUGACCGUCUACGUGAUGCCGACCGACGAGGAGCUGUUCCAGAGGUACAACCCGGAGCUGCAAAAGCGCAGUUUAGAUCGCCGUGAGGAGCGCCAAGCCGAGUUCAACGAAUGGCUGCAGAACCUGAAGCGGCAGUCCAUGAGCAACAAGCCCAUCUGGGUCGUACAGGAGGAGGAGGCCCGCGAUGCCAAAGAAGCCAAGGCGAGACAGACCCUGCGUCUUGCCGAGGAGGCCAGGGCACAGCGGGAUGCCAUGCGCAAGGAAGCCGGUCUGCCGCCCGAGACUACCACGAAGCGCUAA